AUCACAUCAGAUGGACGUGCACGAUCCAAAAUGAGUCAAGACUAUUUCAGCGACAAGGGCAAGUCGCCGGCGCGGCAAGUCGACGACGAGACGACUUCAUCCUCCAAUUCCGAUGACGUCGCGAACCAUAGCCGCUCACCAACCAUCAACACCAACAACAACAACGGUGGCCUGCUCCCGGCCUUCGCGACCAUCGGCUCUGGGUCAACGUCCAAGUACGGCGCGCAGCUCCAGGAGAUGAUCGAGAGGGACUCUGGCUAUGGUGGGUCUAUCGCCAGCGGACCCGUGGGCAACGCGCUGAUGCCGGACACGCCAGCCUGGGAAAAUGCGACACACGCCGACACGCCACCCCGCUCGGCGGUUGCUGACCGGCGGCUUCAGACCAGCGCCGUGCAUCAGCUGUGGUACAAUCAGCAACGAGGGGUUCUCAAUCGGGCUAUCAACAAGGUCAUUGACCUCCUCACCGAGCUGCAGGAUGAGAACGCGAAAUGGCCUGCCCACUACCCAUCGGUCCAGCGAAAUGAGAUCGACUCCACUUCCUCUUCCCCGACGAGACCUGAGUUCCGACACCAUUUCUCGAAUCUCGAUGACUUUGCUGCCUCAGCCCACAGAUCACCCCCGCCACCGAUCAGGCGUGCGAUGACGUCCCUGGAGGAUCAUGCUGAGUCAAGCAAGGUAGCCGAGAAGAGACUCGGGGCAGAGCCACGGCUUGUUACGCCUCAGAUUGCUCAAGAGUUUUCUAUAUUGAAACUGGAUCUGAAAUUGGGGUCUCUGCACCAGACGCAGCUGGUCCACUCGCUGGAGAAGGGAUCGAUCGCGUCCCUGCUCGACGGCAAGAUCAGCUCCAGCAUCGCACACCUCCUUAAACUACGGGAACGGAUAGAAGAUACCGCGAGCAAAGUCCUCAUCACGGGAGACCUCAACGCUGGGAAGUCGACCUUCUGCAAUGCCCUGCUGAGGAGGAAGGUUCUACCGGAAGACCAGCAGCCUUGCACGAGCAUCUUCUGCGAGGUCUUGGACUACAAGGAGAACAGCAACGUCGAGGAGGUCCACGCGGUCCACAAGGAUGCCAUCUACGAUCGGAACGACGAGACAACCUACGACGUUUACACCUUGGCUCAGCUCGAGGACAUCGUCAUCGAUAACGAUGCCUAUCUGAUGUGCAAGGUCUACGUGAGGGAGGUGCGGUCCCUCGACGAGUCCUUGCUGAAUAAUGGCGUGGUGGAUAUAGCACUUAUCGAUGCGCCUGGUCUCAACUCAGACACAACCAAGACCACCGCCGUCUUUGCCCGGCAGGAGGAGAUUGACGUUGUUGUCUUCGUGGUCUCUGCCGCCAAUCACUUCACACAGUCGGCGAAGGAAUUCCUGUGGGCCGCAGCAGCAGAGAAGGCUUAUCUCUUUAUCGUGGUCAACGGCUUUGACAUGAUCAGAGAUCAACGGCGAUGUCAGAAGAUGAUCCUCGACCAAGUUUCUGGCAUAAGCCCGAGGACGCACAAGGAGUCAGCCGAGCUUGUCCACUUUGUAUCAAGCAACGCGAUACCAAUGAUGCCUACACCACCAGGUGGACCAGGUGGCGAUGGGAGCGGCAGCUCAAGUGGAGGAGGCGGCGGUGAUGACCCUAGCGAUCCGAAGGGUAAAGGCAAGGACAAAGAGAAGAUGCGGGACUUCCAGAACCUGGAGCAGUCCCUGCGGAGGUUCGUCCUGGAGAAACGAGCACGUUCGAAGCUUGCUCCGGCCAAGCAUUAUUUGCUCAAUAUUCUGGCCGACGUCAACUCCUUGGCGACGGUAAAUGCUGAGGUCGCCCAGUCCGAGGUGGACCGUGUGGGCAAAGAGUUACGGGAGAUCGAACCCCAGCUCGAGGCCAGCAAGAAGGCUCAGAGCAAGAUCACGGACGAGGUCAACCAGACCAUUGACGAGACAUGCGACGACGUCUACCAGCACACCCGCGGCAGUCUUAACGAGGCCAUUGCGCAUGCGGACGAGAACAUCAACGUUCCUUAUCCUGGACUGUUCCAGGCCUUUGACUACGCUGAAGAGCUGAAGGAGGCUAUGUUGCAAGGCAUCCAGGCUUGUGUGAGCAAUUGCGAGGAAUACGCACGCGGACAGGCUGUUGGUGGUGUCAACGCCAUCAAGCAGCUCGGUAUCUUGCAUCUGGGCAAUGAGUAUGCCGGACUCAACUUCCAUCCAGACGUCAUGUUCCGGCGCAGACGUGACGUUCUGGCUAAGCAGAUUGACGUGCCGACCGAGCUCUUUGAUUUUGUUGACUGGUCAACCAUCAUGCAACGACAAGAGAAGGUGGCCGGCACGGGUAUGGCACUCACUGUGGCUACGACCGUCGGCAUGCAGGUUGUCGGUGGAUACAGCUGGAUGGACCAUGCCUUCAGCGCUGCUCGAAUCGUUGGCAACGAUAAUCUGCGCCGGAUAAUUGUCCCUGGCUUGGUUCUUGCAGCCGCCGCAGCCGCAGUUUAUGUCCUCAACCAGAUCCCCCAAUCUCUGCCCCACCGCCUUUCCAACAAGAUCUCAGCACAGCUGACCGCUAUGGAGUAUGUGCACAACAACGCACAACGCAUCUCAGGCUCCGUCCGCAAGGUCCUACACACGCCCAAGGACCAUGUCGUCUUCAACCUAAAUCGCUCGGUGGAGCAACUGGGCCAGCGUCGCGAGGAGACGCUCAAGGUCAAGAAGGAGAGCCACGACGCACUGCGGUACUUCACGAACCUGGUCCGCAACAGUGCAGACCAGAAAGCGCAGGUCGAAGGUGUGGACCUCGAAGGCGUUCCCGCCGCGGCGGCGAUGUAGCCAGCUCUUUGGGACGUGACUCUUAGCUAGGUGGCAUGAUGGUUGUCACGCAAGUCCUCAUCAGAGCUCUGACAUGACGGCUUGGGGUGGGCUGAGAAAGAAAAAUGAAGAAAAGAAAAACAAAAUGAGAAAAGGAAAAACGUUCAAUACCCCUCUCUACACAAGUCGGAUCGACUACUGGUAGCCUUUUAUAACUUUGAUAGCAACAUCCCACGGCGUUCUAGAGCAUAUGAAAACCGCAUGAAUUGAUUAC